UCCAACGUAAAGCCCGGAAAAACGAAACAAAAAGAAACGUUGUCCCUAACACGAGCUACUAGGGCUCCAUCGUUGAACGUUCUUGUUGUUCAUUCUGCAUCCGAAGCAAAGAGAGAUUAACAAUGCUAUCAGGGGACAUACCCCCAAACCAGACCAUUUACAUCAAGAACCUCAACGAGAAGAUCAAGAAAGACGAGUUAAAGCGAUCAUUAUAUUGCCUGUUCUCUCAAUAUGGGAGGAUCUUGGAUGUUGUUGCCUUAAAGACACCUAAGCUUCGAGGACAAGCAUGGGUUUGUUUUAGCGAAGUCCCUGCUGCUAGUAAUGCGGUCCGACAAAUGCAAAACUUCCCAUUUUAUGACAAACCUAUGCGAAUUCAAUAUGCAAAAACAAAGUCAGAUUGUAUUGCUAAAGAAGAGGGAAGUUAUGUUCCAAGGGAAAAGAAAAAGAAACAAGAGGAGAAAGCAGCUGAAAGAAAGCGGCGUGCUGACGAAGCACAGCAAUCUGCGGUGCCUAAUGGAACACAUGGUGCAAGUAAUGGUGGCCCGACGCCCCCGUUCCGUCAAGGUCCUAGCACCCAAGAAGCUGUGCCUCCUAACAAUAUUUUGUUCAUAGAGAAUUUGCCUCAUGAAACUACUGGAAGGAUGCUGGAGAUGCUCUUCGAACAAUACCCGGGUUUUAAGGAAGUGCGCUUGAUUGAAGCAAAGCCAGGUAUCGCAUUUGUAGACUUCGAAGACGAGGUGCAAUCGUCCAUGGUCAUGCAGGCACUUAACGGCUUCAAAAUCACCCCUCAAAAUCCCAUGAUCAUAACCUUUGCCAAGAAGUAGCUGUUUGAUUUUCAGCUAUCAAGUUUUUCCAACUUUAGCAUGUACUAGUGGAAAACGGGUACUUCAAAAGAGAUUUUUUUUUAUUUUUAUUUUUUAGCCUUUCUAUAUUGUACUCAUGUAGAUCUUGGAGAAAUCAGAAACUAAUUGCAGGAGUUGUAAGUUCACAGGAAGUAUAAGAAACCAGCAAAACUCAAUUUGAGAAUUCAACCAUAUUUGUAAGAUUAAGAUUGUGCCGGUUUAAUGUC